AUGUCUUGUGAGCAAUGCCGCCAAGUAUCAGUACGGAUUCGAAGUCAACCGAAGGCCGCAAAGGCCUCGAUUCCGUCGACUCUAGAACUCGCCCAUAUGGUUAACCUGGGCUACUACCUAGAGAAAAAACAUCAAUGUGUACACGCUAUUCCUGAAAGCCGCGGUGCCGUCAUUAAGGUCCUGGACAUGGUCCGAUUCAUCGAUGAUCGUCUCUGGAAGGUAGUCAGCAGAAGUGAUUACGAUGGCUUUAACUGUACAACUUUUAUCAAAGAGCCAGGACGACAACUUGUGAUCGUGCAUCGUGAAGCGGUUAGGAUCGGUGCAACAGACAAAAUCACUCAAGGAAUUGUGGCAGCGGCUGAUUGGCAUACACAUCAAUCAAUACUCAACCAUACGAUGAAGUUAGACAACGGACGUUUUGUUGCGAAGUCGAACUACCGAGUGACUGUCACCGGUCACGGCAUUGAAGGGUGGAUGGCUCAACUAUCCACAUUUCUACGCCGACAUCCAGCUCAUUUUCCUGUGGGCCCACGCGGAACUUACUCAUUUGGAAAUGGAACCAGUAUCGAUCUGAACCAGGAGUGCAAUAUGCACUGUGUCGCAUUCGAUUCGCCAGGAAUCGACGCUAUUUUGAUGCGCCUGAGGGAUGAGCCGGGAUGGUUGAAUGGUAGUGCGCCAGAUGUGGUCGUGGAACUGGAGGAGCUUGAUAUCACGCGCUAUGUUACACAUCCAAAACAUGACGACACCAAUGAUACGCAUACCGGAUGUGUGAAGAAAAUCGACGUCAUCAUGGAUGCUACCUGCGGGGAGCGAAACAUCAGCAUGGCUGGCUCUCCUAGCAUGGCUUGCCAUUCGGCAUCUCGCGUUGUUUACACCGGAGAACGCUUGCUUAUUGCUUAUUCCUCACAGAUUUCUAACACGCUAAAAUUAAGACCGGAAAUGUCCUGUGUGCAAUGUGGCCAAGUAUCCGUGCAGAUUCGAAGGAAACAGAAAACCACCACGGCCAUGAUUCCCACAACCCUUGAACUUGCCCAUAUGGUUAAUCUCGAAUAUUAUCUCGAGAAAAAACACGAUUGUGUACACGAUAUUCCUGAAAGCAACGGUGCCAUUAUCAAGGUCGGGGAGAUGGUCCGUUUUCUGGAUGACCGGCUCUGGAAGGUAGUCAGCAGGACAGAUUAUGAGGGCUUUAACUGCACAACAUUCGUCAAUCGACCUGGGCGGCAGAUAGUGAUCGUUCAUCGCGGAACACUUCUAACGAACUGGAAGCAACUAGUUGCGGACGCGCGUAUUGCGCUGAAUAGAAUUACUCGAGAAAUCGUGGCCUCUGCUGAUUGGCACACACAGCAACCGAUACUGAACCAUGCAAUGAAGUCGGAGAAUGGGCGUUUUAUUCCGAGGCCCAACUACACAGUGACAGUCACGGGCCACAGUCUCGGAGGAUGGUUGGCUCAACUCUCCACGUUGCUACGUCGGCAUCCGGCAUAUUUCCCGGUCGGGCCACGCGGAACUUACUCAUUUGGAAAUGGAAUGAGCAUAGAUAUGAACCAGGAAUUCAACAUGCACUGCGUUGCAUUCGAUUCACCCGGCGCGAUGGCCAUUUUGGAGCGACUUGAGAAGGAACCGGGCUGGCUUAAUGGUGGUCCAAGAGACGUGGCUAUUGAGCUCGAGAAGCUUGAUAUCACGGUCUAUGUUGCGAAUCCGAACCUGAUCAACAAGUGUGGAAAACACACUAGGUGUGUCAAGACGAUCGACGUUAUGUCGGAGGCUUCCUGGUGGAAUCGUUGGCUCAAUCCUGUUGCAUCACACAGUAUGGAUGGUAUUCUGAAGUACUUCCAGCAGAAUCCGACUAAA